GAAACGAAGAAUUUGAUAACAUAACCCAAGACAAUGGCUGCUUGGCUCGUUUUUUAAAAGUUUUUAAGAUAUUCAUUCAAUUAAUUUUUAUUUACUUUAAAGCAAAACAUAUUAGUUAUAUUAAAGAGAAAUUUUCUUAUACUUUAUACUACUUCUAAUUAUUGUAUUGAUUAUUUAUGAAGGACAAGGAAAUGAAGACACCAAAAAGCAAGAAAAAUAAGCAAUCGCUAAUUCAAGAGAUCCUUUCACGUAUUAAAACUGAGGUAAAUUCAAAUGACGAUCAAAGUUCUGAGGAAACUGCAUCAACAAAACGCAAGGAAAAUAAAAAAGUUAGAGAGGGUACACCAUCAAACAAUAUUUUGGAUCCAACUAGUAUUAUAUCGCAAUUAGUGAAACAGGAAAGUGAAACUUUAAGAAAAAAGAAAAAGAGAAAAUCCUUAAAUGAUUCAAAUAACAGUGAGGAACCUAAACUGAAGAAAGUUAAAUUAGAAAAUGUUGUUAAGCAAGAAGUUAAUUUAGAUGAUAGUGGCUUUUCUAGAAUGACUAAUUCUCAUGGAGAAUCAUCAACUUUAUCUCAUUAUAACUCAGAAAAGGAAGUUCCUGUUUCAAAACCACUGCAAAUAAAAUCAGAGGAGUCUAAAGCUAAAAGAAAACCACAAUUAAAGUUGAAUAGAAAUAAUGUAAAGCAAGAAGAUUCUGACAGCUCAACUAAAAACAAAAUAACAAUAAAAAAUAUAAAACAAGAAUCUACAUCUUUUGAAAAAGUUAAAGGUACAAAAGCUUCUAAAAACAUACAUACAACAAAUGAAAAUAUUAUAUUUAAAAGAGAUAGAGGUACCGAAGAAUCAGAUGAUGAAGAUGAUUUUGAAGUAAUGGUACCAAAACCGAUAAUUGUCAAAGUGGAAAAUAGUGGCAGCAAUGAAUCUUCAAGUGGGGAUAGUGAUAUAGAAACUAAUAAAAAGUUAUCAAAAAGUAUUCAGAACUCUAAUGAAUUUGUUUACCAAAAGUCAGGCGAUAAGAAAAGUAAACAUCAAGGAGUGUCAAACCCUAAAAUUGUAAGUACAAAUGAUAGUCCUAAUGAGCUGAGUAAGGAUAAUGCCAAAGGUCUUAAAUAUGUUAUUGGUAAUAAAAGAAAAAGGGGAAGCAGUGACGAUGAUACCAGUGAAGACAUUGUAACACCUCAAUCAUUGUCCAGAGACAUUGAGAAAAAUAAAAAUAUGCAUAAAACAAAGAAAGUUGAAGUACCAAAACCUAAACCUGUUAUUAAGAAAGAGGAGACUGAUUCUGGUGACUCUAGUGAAGAAAAUGACGGAUUGAGUGAACUGCUACAAGGAAAAUCAAGUUUGAAUAUGGAAAAAUAUGAUAAAAAUAAAUUACAGGGUAAAGAUAAGUCCAAGAAGGUUCCCAGGCCAUUAAUAAUAAAAAAGGAGAUGAGCAGUAAUGAAUCAAGUGAUGAUCAGGAUCUGAUUGACAACAGGAUCAGUAAUCAGCAGGUUUCCAAACCUAAAAUAUCAAAAAAUCAGAAAGUCCCAAAGCCCAAACUGGCUAUUAAAAAAGAGGAGACUAAUUCUGAUGACUCUAGUGCAGAAAAUGAUGGAUUGAGUAAACUGCUACAAGGGAAAUCAGAUUUAAAUAUGAAACAACAAAAUAAAAAUAAAUCACAUAGUAAAGAUAAGUCCAAAAAGGUUCCCAAGCUGUUAAUAAUAAAAAAAGAGAAUACCAGUAGUGAAUCAAGCGAUGAAAGUGAUGAUCAAGAUCUAUCAAAGUCAAAAAAUAAUCAGAUUGAGAAAAGGGUUAGUAAUCAGCAGAUUUCCAAACCUAAAAUAUCAAAAAAUCAGAUAGUUCCAAAGCCCAAACUGGUUAGUACAAAAGAGGAAAGUGAUUCUGAUGAUUCUACUGAAGAAAGUGAUGGAUUAAGUGAACUGUUACAAGAAAAAUCAAUUUUAAAUAUGGAAAAACAAAAUAAAAAUAAAUCACCUGGUAAAGAUAUGUCCAAAAACGUUCCCAAGCCAAUAAUAUUAAAAAAGGAGAAUAUCGGUAGUGAAUCAAGCGAUGAAAGUGAUGAUCAAGACCUGUCAGAGUCAAAAAAUAAUCAGAUUGAAAAAAGAAUUAGUAAUCAACAGGAAUCCAAAUCUAAAAUAACAGAAAAUCAGAAAGUUCCAAAGCCCAAACUGGUUAUUACAAAAGAGGAAAGUGAUUCUGAUGAUUCUACUGAAGAAAAUGAUGGAUUGAAUGAAGUGCUGCAAGGAAAAUCAGGUUUAAGUAUGGAAAAACAUGAUCAAAAUAAAUUACCUGGUAAAGAUAGGUCUAAACAGGUUCCAAAGCCAUUAAUAUUGAAGAAAGGGAAUAGUGAAUCAAGUGAUGAAGAUCUAUCAGAUAAUCACAUUGAGAAAAAAAUCAGUAAUCAGCAAGUUUCCAAACCUAAAACAACAAAAAUUCAAAAAGUUCCAAAGCCUAAACCAGUUAUUACAAACGAGGAAAGUGAUUCUGAUGACUCUAGUGAAGAAAGUGAUCAAGAUCUACCAAAGCCAAACAAUCAGAUUGAAAAAAGGAUCAGUAAUCAGCAAGUUUCCAAACACAAAAUAACAAAAACUCAGAAAGUUCCAAAGCCUAUGAAGAAAGAGGAGAGUGAUUCUGAUGACUCUAGUGAGGAAAAUGAUGGAUUGAGUGAACUACUACAAGCAAAAUCACGUUUAAAUAUGGAAAAACAUGAUCAAAAUAAAUUACCUACAAAAGGUAAGUCCAAACAGGUUCCUAAACCAAUAAUAUUAAAAAAAGAGAACAGCGGUAGUGAAACAAGUGAUCAUACCCAGAAAAUGUUUAAUAAUCAGAAGGUUCCUAAACCUAAAAUAACAAAAAAGGAGGGUAGUUCUAGUGAAUCAAGUGAUGAAAGUGAAGAUCAAGAUAUAACAAGGUCAAAUAAACAGAUUGAAAAAAGACUUAGUUAUCAACAGGUACCCAAGCCUAAAAUGGACAACAGCGAUAGUGAAUCAAAUGAUGAAAGUGAAGAAGAUAAAACAACUCCAAGAAAGAUAAGCAACCAAAUUAAGAAAAUGGUUAGUAGUCAAGUCAAUUCUACACCCAAAAAUGGCAGUAGACACAGUGGAGAUAGAGAUAUCACAAACUCAAUUAAAUCAAAUAGUCCAGUCAAGAAUAUUAGAGAUAAACAAAAGCGGAAAAGAAAUGUUGGAGUUGAAGAUACAAAGCAAGAAAGCAAUUAUGGAGAAUCUAGUGAUGAGGAACUUCCUAAACCAAUUAAGGAGGAGCCUUUAAAACUAAAUGGUAUUAUAAAACAGGAACCAGACGAAAUAUCUCUAACACCGAAAACUUGGCAACAGAGGUUACAAGUUCGAUAUCCUCAUUUAGAAGAACAAAACUACAAUAUAAAUGUACCAGAGAGUGACACAGAUUACUUCAUAUUAAGGAUUCCGAAAAAUAUUGAUGUCUCCCUUUUGCUCAAUAAAAAAAUCAAGUUAAAUAAAGACAGCGAGAUCACGCUCAACGAUCAGCAGUAUACAUUUGAACCUAAACAGACUGACCCCAUGAUUGUAAACUUACAAAAAUCGAAACUGGUGAACAUAGAUAAAGAAAUAACUUUGCAAAGAUCGCUCAAAGAGGAGCCACUAAGAUUACUAAAGGCUACCGACAGAGAAGAUGUUCUACUACCAGAAACGAUAAAAUCACGCCAUCCCUUGUUUGGUGCUAUGUACAAAGACAAAGUAAAGAUAGAGAAGGAUAUUAAACUAAAAGUUACUGAAGCUGAGGAGAAUAAAAAGAAACAGUUACUAAAGAAAAAGAAGAAGAUAAAGUCUGAAGUGAGCAGUUGUGACAGUGUGCUGGAUAUGUUUGCUAGUGAAGCAUUCUUUUCUACACCUACCGUUAAGAAUAGAGAAGAAAAGAUAGAACACAGCAAGAAGAAAAAGAAGAAAUCAAAGCAUAAUGAUAGUGACGAAAUAUUAAGCCAAAUAAAGAGUGAAUUUAACAUGAGCCAUUCGCAGGAGUCCCUAGAUGACUCGGGAUUGUCUCUGAAACAUAAACAUAAAAGUAAGAAAAGGAAAAAACUUGAGAUGGACUAAAAGGAAUAGUGCAAAAUUUAAUAAAUUUAAACGUACGUGUGUGUAUAUCUGUAUCUACAUAUUGUAAAAAGUUCAAUAUAAGGUUACAUAUGUUUUUGAAAUAAAAAUUUUAAAUUU